AGCUCGCAGGAGGGUUUGGUUCAGUGCUGCAAAGGCGCUGCAGUUCCAGUUGUCUGCCUGUAGGCGACGACAGAGAGCCCGCUUUCUGUAAAAACAACAUCUCACCUUCUUUCUUUAGUCCAAGUGCUGGAGCACGUUUGAGUGACCAUGGAGUGCGUUUGCUGUCAUGUAGUCGAGCGUUAACACGGCGUGAAUAGCAGAAGAGGGAAACUUUAGAGUGGAUACGAGGAGCUCCAGUCGAAACAUGGCUGCACGGGAGGAAGGAGAGGUCCUGCACGGCAAAAUAAGGCACCACGACGGCUCUGGAAGUGUAAACAGCCCGGAGAGCUUCAGGAACGGCUAUGUGAAGAGCUGCGUCACCCCUCUGAAACAGGACCAUCAAAGGGGAUUUUUGUUCAACGUGUGCAGGUUUUGCAACGAAGACAUCCUCAAUUCAAAAGUGUUUAAAAUCUCUGCCCUGUACGUCGGCGCCUUUGUCAUUUUUGCAGUUUCUUUUCUCAUUUCCAGGAGCUUGCAAAGUGACUCGCUGUGGGAUUUGCGGACUUUUUUGUCGGGCUUCUCUCAGUCCAUCAGUCCUUUAUUCAGCAUAGGAUGUGCGUUCUUCUUUUUGACGUUUUAUCUGAGGAGGGAAAAGAAAGAAAGUAAUAAAUGCUGGCUCUUGUCGCUGCCAGCAUCGUGCUACCUUGGGGACUUUUUGGUUUUGCGGUUUUUGCAAUGGGGAGAGGACCAACACCAGAUGCAAAUGGUGGGCAGGUUGUUAUUCGUGUUGGGAUGUGUGGGUCUGCUCACACUGAUCCCCACUUUGAAACUCAAACACAGUAUCCUCAUACUGGUUUUCGCCAGCGUUGUGUGGCUGGUUUCCUUCACAAGUUUGAGUGGUCUGCCCGUGCUGGCCCGACCCUUCUUCGCCUGCUUCGCGGGGGUAUCCGGCUCUCUGCUGGGGCUCUGUUUUGACCAUUACUACCCAUCGAGGGACGCGCCGAGUGGGAUUUCCAGCGCGGAGGAAAAGGUCCCAGUGAUCCGGCCGAGGAGACGGUCCAGCUGCGUCUCACUGGGGGAGACGUCGACCAGCUACUAUGGCAGUUGUAAAAUGCCUCGCAGACCUUCAUUGCCAUGCAUAUCCAGAGAACAGAUGAUCUUGUGGGACUGGGAUCUGAAGCACUGGUACAAACCACAAUAUCAGGGUGCGGUGAGCGGCAAUGGCGUGGACCUGUCCGUCAUCAACGAGGCCAGGAACCUAGUAUCGGAGCUGCUGAUGGACUCGUCUCUGUCGCCCCAAACCAUCUCCUCCCUGCGCAGCAUCUCCAGCCUCAUGGGGACGUUCUCAGGCUCCUGCCGUCCCAGGGUCAACCCCUUCACACCCUUCCCCGGCUUCUACCCCUGUGACGAGGUGGAUGACUCCAUAGAGAAGAGUGACAGGAAAUCCCUGAAGGGUUUGAGCAGCAGGAACAGCCUCCCGACCCCUCAGCUCAGGCGGAGCUCCACCUCCUCCCCGCUCCCUCCGCUCGACUCGGCCUCGUCACGUUGGGAACGCAACAAUGGCAAGAGACCCCACCCUGACCUCAACCUGACCAGCUCAAGUCUGUCCAAUGGGCCCAACGCCAACCUGCUCACUAUUCCCAAACAGAGGUCUUCUUCUGUUACCCUCACCUACCAUGCGGGGCCCAGGAGAGCGGGCACAUCUCCCAGCCUCAGCCCAGUCACCUCACCCAGCCACAGCCCUCCCGCAGUAGGUACAGGCUCCUCAUCCUCCCUUGUCAAUCGUUCGCCUGUGGAGUUCCCAGACACAGCUGACUUCUUGACUAAGCCUAGUGUCAAUCUUAACCUGCAUAAGCCGCUGGGAUACACUCUCAGCUCACCUGAUUUCCAGCAGGCUUUCCGCAGCGCCACCGUCCCUCUCUGCACCAGCUGUGGUCGUCAGAUGCUCAAGGGAGUUUCCAGCAGUGAUUCAGGGGAAGGUCACCAGCCGUACACCACAGACGCUCAACGCAGGCGCUCAACAGGUGAAGGGCUGGAGUUCAUGGGAGAGCCUCUGAUCAGGGAGGAGAGUGUGGAGGUGGAUGUGUCUGGGGAGAGGAGGCCAGAUGUGACAGGGAACCAGGGGCAAGCAGAAGAGGAGGAGGAGAAGAGCCCCAGUCCAGACCAGCAGACUCAGGAAUCAGAGGGUGAGGAGUUCAAACUAGAUCCUAUGCUGGAGGACCAGGACGCUCUCAUGGAGAAGAUAAGCAGCUGGAACUUCCAGAUCUUUGACCUGGUGGACAGAACAGGAGGAAAGACAGGAAGGAUACUGAGCUACGUGACAUACACCCUUUUCCAGGAUAUGUGUCUGUUUGAAAUCUUCAAGAUCCCUGUGAGGGAGUUCAUGACAUACUUCUGUGCUCUGGAAAAUGGCUACAGGGACAUUCCCUAUCAUAACCGGGUUCAUGCUGCUGAUGUGCUCCAUGCUGUCUGGUACCUGACCACUCGGCCGAUCCCUGGGUUCCAGCAGAUCCACAAUGAACAUGUGACAGGCAGUGACACAGAUUCAGAUAGUGGGAUCUCGCCAGGCAGGAUAUCCUACGCCUCCUCCAAGAGCUCCUCUAUUUCGGAUGACAGCUAUGGCUGCCUGGCCUGGAACAUCCCUGCUCUGGAGCUCAUGGCCCUUUAUGUAGCAGCUGCAAUGCAUGACUACGACCAUCCUGGUCGCACCAAUGCCUUUCUAGUAGCCACUAAUGCACCUCAGGCAGUGUUGUACAAUGACCGCUCAGUGCUGGAGAACCACCACGCGGCAUCUGCCUGGAGCCUCUACCUGUCCCGGCCGGAGUUCAACUUCCUGGUCAACCUGGAUCACGUGGAGUUUAAGCGUUUUCGCUUCCUUGUCAUAGAGGCUAUACUGGCCACAGACCUCAAAAAGCACUUUGACUUCCUGGCUGAGUUCAAUGCCAAGGUGAAUGAUGUGAACAGUCCAGGAAUUGACUGGACCAAUGAGAAUGACAGGCUGCUGGUUUGCCAAGUCUGUAUUAAGCUGGCAGAUAUCAAUGGACCAGCCAAAGUGCGUGACCUGCACCUCAAGUGGACAGAGGGCAUUGUCAAUGAGUUUUAUGAGCAGGGAGAUGAGGAGGCUAGCCUGGGAUUACCCAUCAGCCCCUUCAUGGACCGCUCCUCACCACAGCUGGCCAAGCUACAGGAGUCUUUCAUCACCCACAUUGUAGGACCUCUCUGUAACUCUUACGAUGCUGCAGGGCUGCUUCCUGGCUACUGGAUCAAUGAAGAGGGUUCGGAUGAGGAGGAAGAGGAGGGGCAGGUGGACACAGACACCGAUGAUGAUGAGCUGGAAGAGGAACUACCACCAAAAAGGAGGAAGGGCCGCCGCAGGUUGUUCUGCAACAUCAUGCAGCAUCUGACAGAGAACCACAAGGUGUGGAAGAAGAUCAUUGAGGAGGAGGAGAAGAGCAAAGAGCUUGGCAAACAGCAGCAGCCUGACAACCUUCUCCCCAGCCUGCCGCCCAGCCUGCCCACCUCCCCGUCCGAGGACAUUCAGGUGAUCCAGGAGGAGGAGGAGGGAGAGGAGCGUCAGUAGCAGGAGGAAGAGGAUGUAGGACAGAACAUGGAUGCUUGGGAAGAGGAGAGGCGGUAAGGGCACGAGUCCCUCAGCCACCGGCUUUUCACUCACAUGAACACAAACAGACAUGAAUAUAGAGCAACACACACACAGAGAUGACAAACAUGCAAUUACAACUUACCUUUACCCCUCUCUCACACACACACACACACACACACACACAUACACACACUUCGAGAGUUUCACUGUGCUGACACUCAGAUGCUUACGCAGUCACAUUGUUUUUGGAAAAAAAAUGGCCUUACUACUGUGAGCGGAUCCUUGCUGCAAUGGUGGGAGCCCCACUCCUAUGCACUUUCAUCCCAUGGAGAGCCAGUGCGCCCAGAAAAAAAGCACCAGGACGGAAGAGGAAGGUGUUAGAAGAGUGGAAGAGGUCUAGCAGAGACUUGCCCUCCAUGGUAACCUGGCUGUGAUGCUGCCUUGAACGCAAAGCGCUUAUGUCUCCCUUAGGUACAAACGUAAACCUGUCUAUUUAAAACAAGAGAUAGAGGAAAGUGACGAAAGAAACAAGCAACACCUUGAAGUGAUUGACAACCAUUACCAAAGUGAACCGUUCAAACAUGGAAAGACAAGUGACUGAUACUGUUUCAGCCUCAAUGUCAGGUAUAUUCUUGACUUAUAUAUCAAAUGUGCCUGUCUGAACCUUUACUGAGUCCAUAUUGGCCCUGAGCCUGGGCUUGUGUAGUUCUCUCCCCUUGCUGGUGACACGAAACACUGUAUCAGACUCAGUCACAGAGACAUUAUUGAAAUGUUGACUGAUUAUUAGCAUUAUAUCUGCAUCAUUUUUGAUGCUUUUAUUCAUGUGUACCACCCGCCUUUUAUGUUUUAUGUUCUUUUACUCUCUUUGCUUCAUUUUGUUUGAGCGUGUGUGUUUUUUUGUGAAUGUGAUGGAGAGAGAGUGAACGGGAGAAUGAGAGCACAUUUGUAAUUAUUUUAGUAUGUAAUUUGUGUGUAUGUCUGUGUGUCUUUUCAGUAAUGUUUUUAGUUCCUAAUCAGUGAAAUGUCCUCUGGUGUUUUAACAUGUCGCAUUCAGAUCAGGAGUGCUGUUUCAAUGAAGGGAUUCUUUAUUUUCAUUUUGAUUAUAAGUAUUUUUUUAAAGGUUACUCAGGAUUCACGCAAAGUUGAAUAAUUAUUUUGCAAGAAUUUAUGUCAUUAAUGUUAAAUACUCUUUUAAAACAAAGACAAUUAAAAUCUGGGUGACUGAAGUAGUUUGUAAUCUUUUUAUGAACAACUUGACUACAGACAAAUUCAAGCAAUUGAAAUUCUCCUCUGUGCCAGAGGAACAUGUGCUGUCUCUCUGCCAUUCAUAAACUAUUUGCAUAACCUUUUAACAGGCUCACUGGAGAAACGCUUAUCUUGAUUGUCAGCAGACUGCAAAGGACAUGUUUGCAGCAACACAACAUAUUGUACAGUUUGGCAAUACAUGUCACAGAAUAUUAGGUAAAGUUUUCUUUUCUUUUUCUUUUCGAUUCUAGUGCUCUAACCAUUGUUGUUAGACAAACAGUACGAUCACUAAACAUCUAUGUUUCAGUCAAUCGUCCAACACUGAUGUUUAGAUAAAUUAAAAUCCCAACCCAUCUCUCUCUCUCUCAUUUUUGUUUUUUGCCAAACUCAUAACUUGGCCAGUGUGUAAAGAAGGGAUCCAGGGUUUCACUUUCACUUUGGUUUUGUUUAUAUAUAUUUUAUGACAUGCCAUGAGGCAGGUUGCAAAACUAAUAGUUCUCUAUUUUUGUCUGUAAGAACUCUAGGCAUUCCACUAGCAUAAGAUGUUUUACGAAAGGGAAGGCAGCAUUUCUAGCCUAGAUCCUUUAUCACAUAAUUAAAUCAUUUUCUCUGGAGUAAAAAAAAAAAACAAAACAAAACAAAAAAAAACAUUAAGUAAGCAGUGUAAAUCAAGAUGGUAAUAUUUAAAAACAAAAAAAUAAAUAUAGGUGUGCACAUUUUAAUA